UCUGCUGGAGACACUAAAUAGAGAGUCUAAAGAUUUUUAAUAGUUCAUAAGAAGCUAUCCUUCAAAAGAGCAGGACUAAAGCUAGGCCUAAAUGUGUCAUUCAAAAUGGACAAAUACUACAAGAACAAUGAUUAUGAUUCCCCAGUGGAUUGCUCAGGAGAUGACUACUUCUCUGGCUACGGGAGAAAAUGGAACUAUAAAUCAGAAGCACGGCGGAAGCUCGAUUACGACUUAAAGCCAAGCAGGAGCAUCGAUGAGAAGCUUAAAUAAAUACAUGAACCCGUACAAUAACUCUUGGGCUACUGACAAGUACAUGCGAUUUGAUGACCAAGAGAGAGCCCAGAACAUCCUCUUCAAGAAUAAACAGAAGGAAGCAGAAUCUUGGCAAAGGCUCAGCAGCUUGAUACUAAAGGAAGAGAAGAAAGAUAAUUUAGACAAAUUCGUACAAGGCAUCUCUGACUGGACUAUUAAGGAGACCAAGAAGGAAAAGAAGAAAGCUAAAGGCGAUAGUAUCAAGACUAAGAAGUUGAUCAAGCUUGGCACUAUAUUGAGAGAUACCUUUGAUAAUGGGGAUUAUGAGAUAGAACUAGAGGAAACACCGCAGCCAGUAUCCCCAUUGUCUCCUAAAAAGAAGAAAGCUAAAGAGAAAGAGAGUCCUUUGCCCAAGGUUCUUUCUCCUAGUAAAGCCCAGACCUUCACACUUGAAGAAGAGGUCAGUGAUGAAGAUGAUGCUCAUGAUUGGGCUGAUGAAAUGAUCAGAGAUGAAAAGCUAAGAUUCAGAAAGGCUAAAAAGAACUUGUACCAUCAAGCUAUGAGCCAGAUCACGCCAAGUAUUAACUUGACUGAGAAGGUGAAGCCACCAAGGGAGAUAGCUCUGACUGCUGUGAAGCGGAAUGACAAAUCAGGCAUGUAUUCCUCAAUUGCAUCUUCUGAUGAUCCUUCACCUCCGAAAAGUCUUCCGAGGAUCAAGCAAAAGUUUAGUUCCUUUAAAACCGAAGGGAGUCAAUCAAAUAUGAAGAAGAGGAGGAAAUUCAAUGUUGACAGACUAUACCCGAACAAGAAGGCUGAAGAGUUUAAACAAAAGAAGCUGAUAUAUAAUAGCUAUGAUUCCAGGAACGGCAUGGAAAUCCCUCUUGACAGUUUCAGUCCAGUAAAGAGGGAUGGACGUAAGAAGCUUGACCUUGUUGGGUCAUACAAGGAGCAAUAUCAAGCUCAAUCGCUUAGAAAUUCGCCUAGUUAUAACACCUCAAAGAAGUUUAUCAAUUUAGGAAAGAGCUUAUAUGGGAAUGAAGUUAAAGAAGAUGGAAAGGAAAUCGUCAUUAAUCCUAGAAUAAAACUAAGAGAGAAGGGAUACUCAUACCAAACUUCAAACAUGAUGGAUGAUGUAAUAGAAGCAGUCCAAGUUCAGAGAGAGAAGACCAAUUUGAAAGCUCUCUUUAUGUCGAAUGAGCAGUUUACUAAAUCCUACCAAGAUUCUCACAGAGUUAAGAGAAUCCCUUUGGUUAAAAAGAAAGUUCCAGGCCCAAUAAAGAAGGUAGCUAGAUACCCCAAGAACUCUAGGUCUUCGAAGUCUCUAUCUGCAGCUCCAAAGGCUGCUAGGAGAUCGAUAGCUAUCGAUGACCUGAGGGAUGCGCUAAGUACUGAGUUUCUAAUGUAA